AUGAGUGAUUCGAAAGGAUUUCUGCAUUGGCUUUUCUUUAAGAAAUGGCAUCCAGUACCUUCAGUUGGAAGUACAAUAGCAUUGUUUUCAAUAAUUGGUGUGAUUUUUGUAGCUUUGGGAAUAGUGAUAACAGUGAUCAAUAAUCACAUAUAGGAAGUCACAAUAUACAAAUAUGAUCAAAAAUGUUCACCUGUUGAAUAUAAUAAGAAAUGUAGUUUUAUUCAGAAAUUGGAUAACAUGAAAGCACCCAUUUAUUUUUAUUAUGAACUCGAGAAUUUUUAUCAAAAUCAUAGACGGUAUGUGAAAUCAAAAUCAUCUACAUAAUUAUCAGGAGAAGAAAUUUCACUUUCAGAUGCAGAGAAAUAUUGUGACCCCAUCAUUUACAAUAAGGAUCUGGAAGUAUGGUAAUAGGAUGUAUAUAUAACAGAACAAAAUAUUCCUGUUCCAACAGAACGUAAACCAGAUGAUAUUGCCAGUCCUUGUGGAUUAGUGGCAAAGAGUUUCUUUAAUGAUACUUAUGCAUUAAGUUUAUCAGGGAAAAAUAUAGCUUUAAAUUAAACAGGAAUCAGUUGGCCUAAUGAUAAAGGUAAAAAAUAUAAAAGAGUACCUAAUUCUGAGAGUACUUAAUGGAUUGACCCUGAAAAUGAACAUUUCAUCGUUUGGAUGAGAACUGCAGGAUUGCCUACAUUUAGAAAAUUAUGGGGACGCAUAGAAUAAGAUAUAGAAGAAGGAGAUUACACAUUCGAAUUUUAAAAUAAUUACAAUCCUUAAAUGUUUGCAGGAGCCAAGAAUAUUGUACUUUCUACAUCAGGACCAUUUGGUGGAAAGAAUUUAUUUCUUUCAAUUGCCUUUAUUGUUGUAGGUGUAAUUUAAUUGUUGAUAGCUUUGGCAUUUUUAAUUAAAAAAAUAAGAGCUGGAAAUUCAUUUGGUUAAAAAAAUGAAUGAAU